AUGGGACAACCUUUGAAUACUUCUCCCACUUUUUUCUUCUUCUUUUCUCAACAUAGAAACAAGAAACAAAAUCUAGCAACUCCUAAUGAGUCAAAGAUGAAGUCAAGUGAGAACAAACGUGAAACAAUGUUGCUUGUUCUUGGUGGGAUAGUAGUUGUCAUCAUAGUAUUGAUUCUUUGUUGGAUUUUCUUUAGAAAGCAUGUUAAACGAUCAGAAAAACCAGCUCCAAAUGAAGCUGAGCCUACAGCUGCUAUGAAGACGAUAUUUCCAUCGGUACAACAAUCAUCAGGGUCCAUGGAUUUAUUUAGUAUGAGUCUUAGGUCAAUUAGCUACUUCGACUACUACACUUUGAGAAAGGCAACCAAUAACUUUUUUCAUGGUAAUCUUCUUGGAAGUGGUGGAUUUGGGCCUGUCUAUCAGGGAAAGUUGGAAGAUGGAAGAAUGAUAGCUGUUAAGGCAUUGUCUCUUAACAAAUCUCAACAGGGAGAAAGAGAAUUUUUAGCAGAAGUGAAAUUGAUCACAAGUAUGCAACACAAAAAUUUGGUUCGUCUUCUCGGAAGUUGCAUUGAUGGACCUCAAAGGAUACUUGUAUACGAAUACAUGAAAAAUCGAAGUUUAGACCUCUUUGUAUAUGGAAACAAUGAUCGAUUUCUGAAUUGGAGCACUAGGUUUCAAAUAAUACUCGGAGUAGCGCGGGGACUACAAUAUCUUCACGAAGAUUCACACUUAAGAGUGGUUCAUCGCGAUAUCAAAGCAAGCAAUAUUCUUUUGGACGACAAAUUUUUGCCAAAAAUCGGAGAUUUCGGACUAGCAAGGUUUUUUCCAGACGAUCAAGCUUACCUUAGCACACAAUUCGCAGGAACAUUAGGCUAUACAGCUCCUGAAUAUGCUAUUAGAGGGGAAUUAUCAGUAAAAGCUGAUACCUAUAGUUUUGGAGUUCUUCUUCUUGAGAUUAUAUGUUGCAGAAAAAACACAGAUCAUACUUUACCACCAGAAAUGCAGUAUCUUCCUGAAUAUGCUUGGAAAUUAUACGAGAAAUCGAGUUUAUUGGAUCUUGUGGAUCCAAAGCUGAAACAAGAUGGAUUUGUGGAAAAGGAUGUUAUGCAAGCAACUCAUGUGGCUCUCUUAUGCCUUCAGCCUCAUGCACAUUUGAGACCACCAAUGUCAGAAAUUGUGGCAUUGUUGACAUUCAAAAUUGAAAUGGUUACAACGCCGAUGAGGCCGGCGUUUCUUGAUCGAAGGCCCCGGAAGGAUGAAGAUAACCAUUCUUUUGAAGCAUCAUAA